UGCAGCAGAGGUCACACAUGAUUCAAAUAUGGACGCCGUGAGCUGUUGCAUUUGAAUGGUGUUUUUAUUUUCUUAUUUUGUAGCAGAUAUGGUUUGAUUUAUAUGGAUAACAUGGCGAUUCCCGAAACAACGUGAGCCUGUUUGUGAGAUGUCUUCUACUUCAAUAUGUUCACUCAGAGCUGUGUCGUGUUUACAAAGGAUGUGCACUUACUACACGGCCAUUUUUAAAACAAAACCCCCUCAUGGGUCUCAGAGCAGAGCUUUGCACUACACAGCCUACAGACUUCAAUGUUCAGCCCCAGAGUCUUCUUCCACUCUCAGAAGUUCUCAGGGGACACGGACCACCUCUGAACCUGCAGACGAGGGUCCUCCAUCUCCCCCCACCUGCUGCUGUAUGAGCGGCUGUUAUAACUGCGUAUGGAUCGAGCAUGCUGAGAAGCUCCUGAAAUAUUACAGUGAUGGUGGAGAGAGUGCUCUGGAGGCCAUUGAGGAGAACGUUCACGAUGACAACCUGAAGGCUUUUCUUAAAAUGGAGAUCAGGUUGCUGAAGAAGCCUUGAUAAGAGCUAAGCUGAGUCUGUUCUGAGACAAGACAUCAAAGUAUUAUUUACAUUACAAUUACGCAUGCUUUUUACCAGUGAUAAAUUCAUUCUUAUUGUUAUAUGAAAUGUUUUCUAGCACUUUUUCAAAACAAGUCCUCUCACUAAUGCUGGUAAGAAUGUUUGUUGUAAAUGUUCAUAAUGUUUCAUAUCAAUGGUCUACAGCAGUAGUCACCAACCCUGCUCCUGGAGAUCAACCGUCCUGCAGCUCAAACCCUGCUUCAGCACACCUGUCUGUAAUUAUCAAGCAAACCUGAACACCUUGAUUAGAUAUUUUUUGAUUGUGUUUGAUUGGGGUUGGAGCUGAAAUCUUCAGGACCGUCGAUCUUCAGGAGCAGGGUUGGUGACCACUGGUCUACAGAAUGGACAGAUGUCAGACUACAACCAUGAUAAGGCCUUGUUAUCUAGAGAAGCAUAAUUUUUCUUUAAUAAAAUGUACACAUCAAAAGUGAUAUUUAAUGAAUAUACAUAUAGGGGCGGUUUCCCGGACUGGGAUUAUUUAAAACCAGGAGUCAAGGACUAGGCCUUAGUUAAAUUAGGACAUUUAAGUAGUUUUAACAAACAUGCCUUGCAAAAAAAACAUUACUUGUGUGCAUUUUGAGACAGCACAAAGGCACUGAUGUAUUUUAAGAUAUUUCAGUGCAAGCUGUUUUCAGUUUGGACAGCUCUUACAUUUAUUUUAGUCUUGGACUAGUCUAAUCCCUGUCUGGGAAACCACCCCUUAAUGUUUGCACAUUGGAUGAGAGCGUACAAUAUUGCUUAUUUAUAGUAUUUAUAUAUACUGUAUGUAGCUAUUUGCUGUUGAAAUAAAUUAGUAACUUAAAAGUGCAGAACAAAUUAUUUUUGCAAGGAUGGAUUUGUAAACAGGCACAUUCAGCAUACAGAGUGGUUCAAAUAUGUAGUAAAAAUCAACGUUUUCAAUUCCCAAAUGUGUUCAAAACUGUUCUGUUCAAUUCUGAUUUGACUUAACUCAAAUGUUAAUAUGAACAGAAUAGAGUCAUAACUGACAGAUCAGCUCUUGUGGCAUUAGAUCUCACAUGAUGUGGCUCUUCAUAAUCAUCUGGCUUGGUCUUGGCAUUAGCCGAUGCUUGUAUGAGCGAUUUUUAUGACGACAGUCAUCCUGAUCUGUAUACAUGUGAGUCAGCAUAUGAGGGCUUGAUGGCGCGUGCCGGGCUGAGACCAUGUAGCAGGGUUAUGAUCCAGAUGCUUGAGGGAUUUGCGUCGAAUGCCGUGAAUUGCUCUUAGAUAUUAUGUGGAUGAGAAGCACGGGUGACUGUGCGUCACUGUGGGGAUGCUCGUGAUAGUCAUUAAUGAUAGCGAAAUGUUCGAAGUGUUGUUCUGUGUAAGACUUUUAAUACAUUUGUGCACAAAUAUAAUACAUGAAACAUUUCCAUAACUAUAAUUCUUUUAAUAUAACAAAAAAUUGUAGUCCCAUGAUCUUAUUUUAGUGCUGUUGUAAUGCGUAGCAUCAUAUAAAGUUAUGUAAUUGGUUAAAUGAGUUUAAUAACUACUAGGAAUAUUAGUCUAGUCAUGUGUUUUCAUUAUUUGGGCAUUGUUACUGACAUCCCCGUAAUCUCACAUUAGAGCAUAUGGACGUCAGGAACCCAGCAUCUUUGUGUGAUUGAUCGAGUUCUUUUGUU